AUGACUCCCUACCACCGCAUGCUUCCCUCGAACCAUGCUAUGGAUGGAGGGCUUCGCACUUCCACUACAGGGCAACAGCUUCCAAACGCGCGGACCCUGAGGGUCGCCCUCAUGUCCGACGGACGAGUCCACAAUAAACGUUUCACCCAGCUCAUCACAUAUCUACCUCUGAUAAUGACAGCUGAUACCACAACAGUCCACGACACUAUCAACUACGUGUUGUUCACAAGGACCUGCUGUGCUCCUGGUGGAGAACUCAACCCGAUGUGCAUGCCAAUCGAAGUGCCUACUGAUGACCUUCAUUUGAGAAGGAGCAACGUGCGCUGUCUGAACUUGACAAGGGCCAUCACCUAUCAGGCACUUGGAUGCGCCCCGAAUUCCCUUCCACCGGAAAGAAUCAAUACCUCGCCACCGUUGUUGGAUCUAUCGAGUCUGUAUGGAAACGAUCAGCUCAGCGUCAACAGGUCCCGUCAGAUGAGAGGUGGCCUCUUACGAGCUGAUGUCAUUAAAGGCAAGGAGUGGCCGCCAAAUGGCAACCCAGUCUGUUUCCUCAACCAGCCGCCACGAGAAACUCGAUGCCAUGAUUCUGGACACUUUAGUAUCAACAGUCUCGUUGGGAUACAGCUUCUCGGGAUAUGGCAGUACAGGAACCACAACUAUCUGGCGAGGAUUCUGCAGCAGAUUAACCCCUGCUGGGAUGAUCAAACACUGUUUACUGUCGCGAGGGACAUCAACAUUGCUUACUACCAGCAUAUCGUGUACUACGAACUGAUGCCAGCAUUGAUGGGUCAUGAAUUCCUCCUAAGGAACAAUAUCAUCUACAACACUUAUGGUCACGUCGACGACUACGACGAUAGCCUGGAGCCGCGAGUCAGCAUAGAGUACGUGAUGGGGACCAGAUGGUUCCACUCGAUCCAGGAGGGACGCCUCCAGCUAUACAGCAAAGAAGGAAGAUUGCUGGAUGAGUUGGCUAUGGUGGAUUAUUCGCUCCGACCCGGAGGCAUGAUGAUCAACAAUACAUUCGAAGGUGCCACCCAGGGUUCGUUCAGACAGCCCUGCGCUGACGUCGAUUACCUCGUCGAUCCAGAUGUCGGAGAAAGAAUUCUAGGUCCACUCCAGUUCGCGUCAGACGUAACUGCAAGCGACAUAAAUAAGGGCCGGGACAUGGGUCUGCCAUCCUACAACAAGUAUAGGCAGUACUGUGGACUACCUGUGGCCAAGACCUUCGACGAUCUGUACAACUGGAUGCCGAAAGAUCAAGUGGACGUCCUUGCAAGGACCUACGAAUACAUCGACGAUUUAGACUUGAUGGCGGGAAUCCUAGCCGAGAAGCCGAUGCAUGGGGCCAUCAUGGGACCAACUCUCGCCUGCAUCAUGGCGGACCAACUGCUGCGUUGGCGAAGAGCUGACAGGUUUUGGUAUGAGAACUCCAUACACCCUGGAGCGUUUACACCGGAUCAAUUAUACGAAAUACGCAAGAUCUCAAUGGCGAGAAUAAUUUGUGAUCAUGGUGACUCUGUAGACUCAGUUCAGCCAUUUGCGUUCCUACUUCCAGGAAUCAGAAACGAGAUCGUGGACUGUUCAACGAUCCCUGCGCCUAAUUUAGAAACAUGGCGUGACCAAAGAUGUGCAGUUAAUGUUACUAGUGAAAAUUUUAAACCAACUUUGUAUAACUUAUCUGAUUUAACUUUAGAUGAUUUAACUGGUAUACCAAUAGAUUAUAACCAAUUUUAA